AUGGACGAACACACAGUAACCUCCGAUGAAGAUCUCGGAAUCAAAAUCUACACCUCCACGCCGCCGAACGAAGAACCCCCCUCCUCCUACACUACAGACCACCACCCCCCCAACGAUGGUGGCCGGAAAAGACGAGCAAUGGCAAAAGGAAUGCAAAAAACACUCUCAAAAACCUCAAUGCUGGUAAACUUCCUUCCAACCGGCACUCUCCUAACCUUCGAAAUGCUUCUCCCGUCGGUCUCCGGCAAGGGGGAGUGCACCCCGGUGAACACGAUGAUGAUAAACUUCCUCCUGGGCUUAUGCGCUCUAUCCUGUUUCUUGUUUCACUUCACAGACAGUUUCAAAGGCGUGGACGGGAAAGUGUAUUACGGGAUCGUGACGCCGAGAGGGCUGGCGGUGUUCAAGACGGGGGUGAGGGAGGAGGAAGUGCCGAAGGAGGAGAGGUUUAAAGUUGGGAUAACGGAUUUUGUUCACGCGGUUAUGUCUGUAAUGGUAUUCAUGGCGAUUGCUUUCUCGGAUCAUAGAGUGACCAAUUGUUUGUUUCCGGGACAUGUGGCGGAUAUGGAAGAGAUUAUGGAAAGCUUUCCUUUGAUGGUGGGAACCAUUUGUAGUGCUUUGUUCUUGGUGUUUCCUAAUACUAGAUAUGGUAUUGGUUGUAUGGCUAAUUGA